GAUGACGUUGCACAAGACAAGAAAAACACUCCAAUAUCUGAGCGGAAGGACCGGGUGAAAACUGAGUUAUUCUCCGUCAAACUGAUUUUCGAGUUAACUUAGUAUGUCGAGGGAGCUCAGUUCAAAUAUAAAGCAGCGACUUUAUGUUGUUUUCGCACUGGCGGAAAUGGUCACAGGUGCUGCUGAGAGAGUCUGCAGCAUCUGCUAACAGCAGUGAAGCUAGUUUAGCGAGCUAACCGGCACCCCGCACUCGCGUCCAGGAAGCUCGGUGUGGGGAAAAAAACGUAGGUCCUCAAUGAAGGUGGUCCGUCGGCGUUAAUGAUUUGUCGAGCGGAUGACUGCGCAGUAAUAUUAAGACAGCCGGCAGAUGUCUCAGAGUCUUUUGCAGUGAAGAAAAAUCAAUGUUUCCAUCGUGCUAACGUUAACGUUUAGUGUUAAAGUCAAUACUUAAGCUAACUCCAGCUCGGUAACGACAGGUAGCUCAACCAAGGUGCUCCGGGACAUGGCUAGUAAUCCCGCGGCUGCCUGCCAGGCUAAUGGAGAGAGCAAGCCGAUAGGAGACUCAGCUUCUGGGCUUUCGUGUUGUCACCAGUCCGAGUCUGAAUCCGAUGCUGGAUCGACGGCGAAGAGCUUAGCUCGACUGUGCAGCAGGAACGACGGGGAGCGGAGUGCGGCUCUGGAGGAGCUGAGGCAGGGGUUUUUCCUAUGUUUAGACGGUGACCGGCACGGCUCGGAGCGACUGAGUAAACAAACUCUUCUGCACCUGCUCCGGCUGUCCAGGUCUUGUCCACUGCAGGAAGUACGGGAGAGAGCCAUCGAGCUCCUGCGGACCGCACAGGAACAAGGAGUUGAGGUACCUCGGGCUCUGGCCUCAGGGCCAAGUGCCUUUAUCCCUGCAAAAGAGAUUUUGAAAGAAGGUCCAAACCAGGAUGUCCUGAUUGAAUCCUUUCUUUCACUGGGGCGUGUGGAUCAUGUCACCAUGGUGAUGGCAAUGCACCCAGAAUAUCUCUGCUGUUUCCUGAAGACCCAGCAUGCUUUGUUGGAAAUAGAUGGCCCCUUGCCCCGUCACUGGAGACACUACAUUGCUGUCAUGGCUGCAGCUCGGCACCAUUGCUCAUACCUGGUGCAGCAGCACAGCGCAGGCUUCCUGGAGGCCGGAGGGGAGGAGAGCUGGCUAAGCGGCCUGGAGCACGCUCCCACCAAACUCCACAGCCUGCAAACACUCAACAAGCUGCUGGCACACAGACCUUGGCUCAUUACGCAGCAGCACAUCCAGGAGCUGGUGUGUCCUGGAGCAGAGCCCCGCUGGUCACUGGCUGAACUAAUACACGCUGUGGUGCUCAUGGCACAAGCUCACUCGUUGUGCUCGUUCGUAUGUGGCUGUGGUUUAAACCCAGAACCCGAUCACACUGGAGGCUACACUUUUCAGCCUCCAUCACCUAGUCACUUUCCUCACAGCCCUCACAGUCCUCACAGCCCGGUUCCUGAGGAUGGCAGGCAGGAGCUGACUAAUGGAGCGAUGGAGGUAGAGAUGCUGAUGAAGAGGAUGGUGGAGCUGCAGCAGCAGCAGCAGGAGGAGGAGUGCACACAGGAGGAGAUGGUUACUCGCUUUGAAAGGGAGAGGAGCGAGAGCAUACCUACAGCGGUCGUGAGGGGGGCUCCACCUGACCUGGUGCUGCAUCUUGUGGAGGAACCAGAAUUCAGAUACGAGGACUUUGCUCCCAGAGGAGAGCAGUCACCACCCACCAUGCGAGCACAGGACUAUUCAUGGGAGGACCAUGGCUUCUCUCUUGUCAACAGGCUCCUGCCAGACAUGGGUCAGCUGCUGGAUGAGAAAUUCCAGAUUGUGAGCAACUUGACCUACCACAGGAUGGCCAUGCACGAAGACGUGGAUACUUACACUCUAAGAAAAGCUCUGUGGAACUACAUCCACUGUCUGUAUGGAAUACGAUAUGAUGAUUACGACUACGGCAGUGUGAAUGUGUUGCUGGAACGCUCUCUGAAGGUGUUUGUGAAAACCAUGGCCUGUCACCCCGAGCAGACCACAGCACGCAUUUACCACGCCUUCUGGAGACACUUCAGACACUCUGAAAAGGUUCAUGUAAACCUAAUAGUGAUGGAAGCCCGGCUCCAGGCGGCACUUCUUUACACCUUACGAGCCAUUACACACUACAUGAGAUGACAGCCUCAAUUCACUUGCACACAUUUUUGCAGAUGCUGAGCCAGCUGUGAUUUAUCACAGUCCAAUCUUGCACACAUACACACACACACACUAAAGUGAAUGUUUGCUUAUUCAUAUCGUAUGUUUCAGUGUUAAUAUUUUGAUGCUGCUUUGCGCAUGGGAUGUUAUCUAUUUAAAUUGUGUUACCUAUUUUUGCACUGAAGUGUAUCAUCAGGUUUUGAUUUCACACUUGAACAUCAAGUGGUGCUGUCUUGCACCUAUCUGUCACACAAAAACAAUGUUGUAUUCCAGGUGUGGCAGUGGAAUUAGGUCUGGCAUAACAAAAUCAUUUAAUCAGAUUAUUUUCUCUACAGAAUGUUUAUCUGAGAAACACCAUUGAUCACACCAGUACUACUCAUGCCUCACCCCUCUCUGUCUGCAGCACACUGAGGCUGAGAUAAGGCAAAAAAGCUUGUAUUUUUAUA